AAUCGAACGAAUUAUAAUCCAUCGUAUCGAUGAUUUCAGAAUUUCCUCUCGAAUUAUCGAAGAGCCCAGCAAAACGAUGAGCAAGCAAUUCACGAGGAGCGAAGUUGCCAAACUCAGCAAGGACAAGACAUUGAUAAUUCUACACGACAAAGUGUACGAUGUCACGAAUUUCCUAAACGAGCAUCCAGGCGGUGAAGAGGUUCUGUUGGACCAUUCGGGCAUCGAUGGUUCCGAGGACUUCGACGACGUUGGCCACUCCACAGACGCUUUUGACCUAAUGACGAAAUAUCAGGUCGGCGAAUUGGUCGAGUCAGAAAAGACGGGCAACCUGCCUAAGAAGACCUGGGGGAAGGAUCACUUCAAAUCUGGCAAAACGAAUCAAGGGGACAACCAGGGGAUGCCCACGACGAUGGUUGUGUCCAUUCUCGCGGUCCUAGCAGCGAUCGUAUACUUCGUGUACUUAUAAUUUCGUUUCAGAUUAAAUACGUUCGUUUUAUCGUUAAGAGAGUGUGAGAAGACAAAAGAUAAUCGAUGAUUUGCGAUGAUUAAAGUGUGAAUGAAAAUUAUCGCGACUUUUCUCGAUUCUUUCAAUAUCUCCUCGAAUUAUUACCUGUUUAAAUGGAGUAACGAAGCGAAGUCGAACUGAAAUUCUAUUGAAAUUCUAUUGACGUCUCUAACGGCUAGGCGUGGUUAACCGAUUCAUGUAACGAAUCAAAUUCUAUGCCAACGAUUUCGAAUUUUUAUUCGCAAAGAAUAGAAUAGAAAUAAAUACGCGAUAGACAGUUUUCUAACGUCUAAUCAACGAAACACGCAUUUUCCAAAGUUUUUUAAAUCGUUUCUCUGUUACCUUUUAACCCUACACAUGUUAAGCGAAUAAAUCUUUUUGUUUUUGUACACGAGUUUUCUAAUUGAUCGGUAUCCAAAGUUUUACCAAAACCGUCAACUUCUCUCGUUUAAUUCAAUCGGGUCGACCGUUUCCCCCCAUCGAAUCUCCUCCAGACUUCUCGUUUACAUAUCUCUUUUAUAAUAGGUCAACUAAUAGAGAACGGAAAGUUUAUCGUUCCAAAGAAA